GUCAUCUAAACAGCUGAUCACUGAUGUACUGCCUUGUUGCUUACUACUUAGAUACUUCAGUAGUCUGUAGUUCCACCAGUAAAAUAUGCUACUACUCAUGUAGCAGAAGUGGAAGAAAAUAACAAAUCAAGAUAGUAAAAAAUGUGAUUCUCAGAUUUUAGAUGGAAUACAGAGAUAACAGCCCAAGUAUCAGCAGGUCUUCUACUUGCUGCUCUGCUCCACACGGACAGAGAAUGGUAAGUGAGAGAAAGGGAUGCUGUCAGAUGAUCACUAGUCCAGAAGGAAGAAUAUCUUUAAUAGGAACAUCUUUAGCUUUUAUCCAUUGUGCAGGUAUAGUAGUAUCCUUGUACUACCUGAUCACUAACUACCUGAAUGAUGACCCAUCAGCUGCUGAUGACCCGAUCUCACAUAUUUGUACAGAUGCUCUUCUCUGCAUUCUCUUUAGGUUUGGUCCAAAUAAGGAGCAUACAGGACAAACAAGCACAGCCUUGGCCGGUCAGCUGCUGUUUAGUCUCACAGCUCUCACAGUCAACUUGUUCCUGGUGGGAGGUGCUCUAGGAAACCGUCCCUUAGCACUUUUAUCCUGGUUAAUCUUCUACUUUUUCAAUAUUCUUGGAUGCUUCGUGCUCUCAGGGAUACUUGGAGCUACAGUAGUUCAUAGAAAUAAGUAUUAUGGAGAUAUCGAGUUAGAUGAGUUGGCCUGGAUUCUGGUUCCUCUGCUCCUCUCCAUUUUAUACCUUAUCUCUUGGAUCAUUGUUUUCAUGUUCUUUAGAAAACUUAGAAGAGAACAGCUUACUCUAUCCUAGAAAUAUCCUAGAUCAUUGUUUAUAUGUUCUUUAGAAAACUUAGAAGAGAACAGCUUACUCUAUCCUAGAAAUAUCCUAGAUCA